UUACACAUUGUCGACUCCCGGGCACUCGCACUGGCGGCGGUUCUAUUUAGCAACUGUUUCAUCGCCUAAUCUGGUAGUCCUCUAUCUCCUGAUCUGCUGAGAGGCAACCCUAUGCCCGCCUCAUUUUUUUUUAACUCGCUCAAAAAGUAAACAAAUACCGCCAUUAUGGAUAUUUUUAAAAGUUGCGUGUUACCAGAGUUAGGUGAAAAUUUUACUCUCGUUUUUGACGAAAAAAGUUCAAAUGAUGAUCAAGUAGUACUUCGUUCUUCAAUGGAGGAAGAAGACGUAGAAAAAUUUGUGGAAGAAUAUAGCGACAUUACCCACACAUGUUGGAAUGUUUACUACCACAGAACAAACUUAUCAAGAUGGAUGUAUAGCAAGUCUUGGAAAUGCCAGCAUUCCAGCUUUCGGAAGAAACCAAAUUCCAAGAAAAACAUGGACUGUAAGGCAGCCAUUACUGUUUUAACAAAGAAAAUUUCUAAAGACACAGUUAAAAAGGACAAAUUCUUAAGUGCUGAAGUGCCAUUGCCUACUGUAUUGACUAUUUUGUUGAAACACUCGCAUCAUACCAAUGUUGCAGAUUCUCUAAGAUUUAUGAGAGUUUCAGAAGAGGUCAAGCAGAAUUUUUUUGAAUACUUCAAUGAUGGAUUUACCGCAACCAAUGCCAAACGUUUCCACGAGGAUUGCCUUCUAAGAACUGAAGUAAAAGUCGAGGAUUUAGCAAAUUCCGCAAUAAACCCUACACAGCGGUGCAUCACACAUCUUUACAAUACCUGGCAUGACAUUAAUUUAGGCUCAGUGUCUCUUCCGUUUGAGAAAAUUGAUGAAAAAUCUAAAGAAUAUGAAGAGAAAGGGGCAACUGUGGUACAUGAUUUUAAUGGAACAUGGGCUGUGCUAGUGGUGACAGCGAUUAUGAAGAGAGUUCAUAAUUUGAAUUGGGCCUCCGAGAUAAUUUUUGUAGAUUCAACUGCCAGUUGUGAAAGGAGUGGUGCUACCUUGACAAUACUUUUAACAGCAACAAAAAUUGGAGCACUACCAAUUGCUACAAUAGUACAUGAAAACCAAAGCACUGACAGUUAACAGCAGCUUUUAGUUUACUAAUGAAGGAAUUUUCUACUUGUUUCGGAAAUAAAAAGGUAAGCUCAAUUACAUUUCUAAGUAAAAUGUUUUAAAAUAUGAAUUUUAUUCAAAUUUC